CACUCCCGUUCCUUGUGCUUACAGCUCUAUUACCACGCGGAACCCAUCAGCGUCAACGUUCACGUGACCAACAACUCCACAAAAACUGUGAAGAAGAUCAAGAUUUCAGUACGACAGUACGCGGACAUCUGUCUGUUCAGCACAGCCCAGUAUAAGUGCCCCGUAGCGCAGGUCGAAGCUGAUGACCAGGUUUCUGCCAGUUCGACCUUCUGUAAGGUCUACACACUGGUCCCCCUCCUAGACCAUAACCGGGAGAAGAGGGGCUUGGCCCUGGAUGGGAAACUCAAACACGAAGACACCAAUCUGGCCUCCAGUACCAUGGAUGUGUCAGUGGAGUUGCCUUUCGUCCUGAUGCACCCAAAGCCAGUUGAGCAGCCCAUGUCCAGACCUCAGUCAGUUCUCCCAGAGUCUGAGGUACCAGUCGACAUGAACCUGAUUGAAUUCGAAGCCAAUUUCUCCAAUGUUUCUCUGCAUUUGAUUGUGAUUUUUCAGCAUCUGCCUGAUUUUGGUUUGAGUGAUCCGGAAUCAUUCAUCCACCUCCCGUUUGGAAAGGCUAAUGGGGAGUCAAUG